GCCCCUCCAUUGUGACCCCUCCUAAGGACAUCUGGAAUGUGACAGGAGCACAGAUCUACCUGAGCUGUGAAGUCAUGGGCAUCCCAACCCCUGUCCUCAUCUGGAACAAGAUAAUUCGGGGACAGUACGGUGUCCAGAGGAUGGAGCUCCUGCCUGGGGACCGGGAAAACUUGGCUAUCCAGACCCGAGGGGGCCCUGAGAAACACGAAGUGACGGGCUGGGUGCUCAUAUCUCCUCUGAGCAAAGAGGAUGCUGGAGAAUAUGAAUGUCAUGCAUCAAAUGCCAAAGGAGAAGCAACAGCUUCUGCAAAAAUCCAUGUUGUGGAAACUCUGCAUGAAAUAGCCCUGACCAAAGAUGACGGUGCAGAGCUGUGAUGCGAUGUGAGGACUUUCACUUAUGCACAGUUUUAAAUCAGUAUUUUGGAAAGCUGCAACCUCUGGCUUUUUCUAGCUCACUAACCCUUCCCUCUUAACUCCUUUGUUCUUCGAUUAUCAAUUUGCUUGCACUCACACUUCUUUCACAGAAACACAAAUAGAUUCACAAGUUUGAUUAGAAAUUUUAAUUCUAUUUACAGGAAAUAAACGUACUUCUGAACAGCACA